CAUCGGUCAGCAUUAGCAGGCUAGCGUCUGUGGCCCUAAAAUGUGCUACGGCUAGCAGGUGAAAGUACGAUGCUUUCCUUCAAAAAGCAAGUAAGAUUCAGCGCAGUCGGCAUCGCUGCCGCCAGGCUGUUUUCCUCUUCCCCCACCGAGAACCCCGUCGUGUUUCUGGACAUUCAAGCGGACGGUGAGCCACUGGGAAGAAUAAUCAUCCAGCUGAAUGCAGAUGUCGUGCCAAAGACUGCAGAGAACUUCAGGGCAUUGUGCACAGGAGAACACGGCUUCGGGUACAAGAACUCGGUGUUCCACAGGGUCAUACCAGAGUUCAUGUGUCAGGGAGGAGAUUUCACCAACCAUAACGGCACUGGUGGGAAAUCUAUUUAUGGGAAAACCUUCAAAGAUGAAAACUUCCGGUUAAAACACACUGGGGCAGGGAUUCUCUCCAUGGCCAACUCGGGACCCAACACCAACGGUUCUCAGUUCUUUAUCUGCACCACCAAGACGGAAUGGCUGGAUGGAAAGCAUGUGGCGUUUGGUCAGGUGACGUCCGGCAUGGACGUGGUCACCAGAAUGGAGUCCUUUGGUUUGCAUGACGGCGGCGUGAUCAAGAGGAUAGUGGUGUCGGAUUGCGGGCAAAUGAAAUAGUUUGUACGGUAACCUCUCGAUUCUAGCGGAUUGGUUCCAGACCACGAUAUUUCUGCGAUAUAAGAUUCCAUGUUAAUAAAAGGAAUAUUUUCAUAGUUGGAGCAUAGAGCAUAGCAUGGUUUUAAUAUGAUUAGAGCCCUGUAGGCAUGAAAUAACACCCCUAUAGUUAACUUUACACUCCUGUUAUUCUUUCUUUACACCACAUUGCACAACUCUUAUGCUGCAGAUAUUUGAGACUGCUAGCUAGUGAGCUAGCAAGCUAAUAUCAAGAAUUUUUUUUGUGUCUAUAUGUGUCUAUAUGUGCCCUGUGAUUGGUUGGCCCCCAAUACUACAUAUCACUUGUAUUCCAACAUGUUUUCCCCAGUAAUAAAGACCAUAGUCUAGCACCAAACUGGUCACUAGGUGUCAGUAAUGUUACAUUGAUGAGACAAUAGCCACUUCAGGAAGUACGUGCAGAACAGGAAGUGGAAACAAACAAGCAGGGCUUCCAGCGCUAACGUGUUAGCUUAUAUUAUGUCUUAUUUUCUCUUAGUAGGGGUGUUAUUUCACAUGUAGAGAGCUCUAAUACUGUGAAAAGUUGUAUUUAUAAGCCGGUAAACGAUGAAAACAUUCCAUCCAUAAUUAGGGAAUCCUAUUUUGCAGAAAUUCACUGAUCAUGGAUCAGGUCUGGAAGAUAUUAAUCCCAAUAAACGUACUUUAUUGUUAUGCUGGAACUUCUCUGAAUUGUUUGUAUCAUCAUCAUCAUCGGUCUUGUGUGUUGACGAGGCCCCGCUUUUAUUUUCAAGUGUACAUCUUGUGCAAUGCCUGGCCGCUUCCUGCCAAAUAAACUCCCCAUGU